AUGUUAUUCGUAUAUUUCAUUUUCUUUCUAACAACGAUUAAUGGACAAGAUACAAUAUGUGAAUUAAAUGAUACAUGGUCAUGGACACCAUGGUUUAAUUUUCAUACACCAAAUUCUAAAGGUGAAUAUGAAUUACAUACUGCAAUACGUAAUCAACAUCCAACGAUUGUAUGUGCUGAACCACGUAUAGUAUCAGCUGUUAAUCAAAUUGGCAUUGAUAUGAAUCAAACAAAUGAUAUGAUUAUAAUACGUUCAUAUGAUAUUUUUUGUAUAAAUAAUUAUGUUGCAAAAUAUCAAGGAAAAACAUGUGAUGAUUAUAGUGUACGUUAUUGUUGUCCAAAAAUUAUAAAUUCAACAGUCAAUAAAAUACGAGAUAUGUUUAUAGAAAGUAAUAUUGAUCCGUCAAUCAGUAAUCAACCAAAACAAGUACAAUUAAAAUGCGGUCGAUCACCACGUGCUACUACAUCGGAAUCAAGUACUGAAUUAGGAUUUUUUAUGAGUAUAUUAGAUGCAAUGCUUUCAAAAAUUAUUAAUGGUGUUGAAGCACGUCCUAAAAGUUGGCCUUGGCUUGUAUCUAUAGGUGUUCGAUAUCGUGGUACAACUGGUGUAUGGCAAAAUCGAACUCAUAUAUGUGGUGGAACAUUAAUAGAUCCAACACAUGUUCUUACAGCUGGUCAUUGUCUUGAACAAAAAAUUGAUGAUCGUUUUGUUCCAUUAACAUCAACAAAUCCGAGUUUAGAAUCAUUUUUUAUUCUACGUAUUGGUGUUCAUGAUAUUCGUUUAACACAAUCAAAUGAACUUUAUCGUGCACGACGAAUAUUUGUUCAUGAAAAAUUUACUUCAAGUACAUUUGAAAAUGAUAUUGCUAUUAUUCGACUUGAUCGAGCAGUACCACUCACUGAAUCUUCAACACCUAUUUGUUUACCAACAAGUAAUGUUGUUGCAGGUAAACAAGUAACAGUUGCUGGUUGGGGUACAGUUAGUGAAACAGCACGUGUUCAUUCUAAUGUACUUCGACAGGCUAAUGUUAAUGUUUUACCAACAACUAAUUGCCGAGUUUAUACAGAUAUUCAUUAUGAUGCUACAAAACAAGUAUGUGCCGCAGCUUUAGAUUGGUCAAAAGAUACUUGUGCGGGUGAUAGUGGUGGUCCAUUGAUGUCUCAAGAAAAUGGUAUAUGGUCAAUAGGUGGUAUUACAUCCUAUGGUUAUGGAUGUUCGAAACGUGGUUUUCCAGGUGUUUAUACUCGUACGGUGCCUUAUUUAACAUGGAUCAAACAGAGAAUGUUGAGCCAAGAUUAA